CCAGCCAAUCACUGCCAGUGUGAUGUUCCUUAACUGUUGCUCUGCUUCUGGGGGAAGUCGGAGCUGUAGCUUUUAAUGAAGACAGCCCAGUCCCCCAGAGGCUAAAGAUCAUGCCAUCAUUUUGUUCUCGCGUAUAUUAAAGCUUCGUGAGCUCUCAGUAAAUAUGAAGCCGCCGCAGCAGGAUGUCCCUCCUGCCUCGUAGCCUCGAGCUGAGGCCAGGAAGACAGGUUCACUCGGUCUUCAGCCUGUCUGCUCCCUAGACAGUCCUGAACACCUCCCUGCAGUUUGGGUGACUGUGUCUCCCCAAACAGGCCGAAGUGGAUGGAAGGAGGUGGGGAGGGAGUCCUUCAGGGUCUGCAGACGUGAAGACCGAAACCAGUCUGUAGGUUACUGGGAGGCGGCUGACAGCUAGAAAUGGCUCCGAGGAUGCUGAAUUGAGAGACCGGAGGACAGCUGGACCGCGUGGGGCUUGGGUUGCCCAGAGACCUACAGAGGAGCCAUGGGGGUGUUGAUGUCCAAGCGGCAGACGGUGGAGCAGGUGCAGAAGGUGAGCCUGGCUGUGUCAGCCUUCAAGGAUGGGCUGCGGGACAGGCCUUCCAUUAGACGUGGGGGUGAGCUGCCAGGGUCCCGCCGCGGCACUUUGGAGGGCUCUGUUCAGGAAGUACAGGAAGAAAAGGAAGCAGAGACAAGUGCCCCCGUGGUCCAGGAAGAGAGCGGCAUCAACCGUGCAGCCUGGGAGCGGCUCCGAGAUGGGCGUGGAAUUGAGCCUGAGGAGUUUGACAGGACCAGCAGAUUCACACCCCCUGCCUUCAUCCGACCCACCCGGAAGCUGGAUGACGACAAACCUCCAGACAUCUGCUUGGAUCCCCGGGAGGCUGUUGUCAACGAUGAGAUGUGUGAUAUCUGCGAAGUCUGGACGGCUGAGAGCCUCUUUCCAUGCAGAAUCUGCACCAGGGUUUUCCAUGAUGGUUGCCUGCGCCGCAUGGGCUACCUCCAAGGGGACAGUGCAGCGGAGGUGACGGAGAUGGCCCAUACAGAAAUAGGCUGGAGCUGCUACUACUGUGACAACCUUAACCUGCUGCUGACUGAGGAGGAGAUGUACAGCCUCACAGAGACCUUCCAGCGCUGUAAAGUCAUCCCUGAUUGCUCCCUGACGCUGGAGGACUUCGUGCGCUACCGCCACCAGGCAGCCAAGCGAGGGGAGAGCAGCCGGGCCCUGAGUGAUGAGCAGGAGGAGCAAGCCGCCCGCCAGUUCGCGGCCUUGGACCCUGAACAUCGAGGCCACGUAGAGUGGUCCGACUUCUUGUCCCAUGAAUCUCUCCUGCUGCUGCAGCAGCUGCGUCCCCAGAACUCUCUACUGAGGCUUCUGACCGUCAAGGAGAGGGAACGAGCCCGAAGCACCUUCCUGGCACGGGGCAGUGGGAGCACCAUCAGCGAGGCAGAGUGCCACCGCGCCCGGCACUCCUGGUUCUGUAAACGCCUUGCAGAGGCCGCAUCCUGCAGUGUCAGCGUCAGCCAUGUGGGUCCCAUAGCAGACAGCAGCCCCGCCGGCAGCAGUAGCAAGAGUGAAUACAAGACCCCGCUGCCUGACGAGCAGGAGUCCAGAUCUGUGGACUGGCCCACCUUCCUAAGAGAGAACGUCAUCUACAUCUUGGCUGCCCGUCCCAACAGUGGAGCGAUUCACCUGAAACCCCCAGGAUAGUGUGGGGCGGAGCAGCUCAGUUCUGGGACGGUGGCAUCCUCUCCUCCUCUCCUUCCUCUUUCCUUCAACUCACCUCUGGCGCUGAGGCUCACAGGAAUGGGGCACUGCCAACAUCUUAAUUUGUCAUUAAGUUUUACGGCACCGAAGCCACCGUUCCCCUCACAGCAGAGGCAGUGUGUGUCUUGCCACACCGAGAAGCCCUGAGAGCUGUGGCGUCCGUCACCCGCUCCUGGACCGCCUCCUGCCCUCACAUCGUAAAACUACCUGCCACCUCAUGCAUACAUAUGUGCACAUGCACAUACAGCCACAUACAUGCCUAGAUACCCAUGCCUUCAGACUCCUGGUUCUUUUUUCGAUGGAAGAAGGACCAAAAUCCCUUUGUGAAACCCCUGGUGUAGAUGAGAUGGUCUCUUCUCACUCUUUCUAUUGGCCAGUUCUGAUUUCCAGUAGAAAGCAAGGGGCAGAUCAGCCUCGCUUCCCCUCCAGGAGAUGCCGAGAGGCCCCCUGCCCACAUUGAAACCCCCUCUGUGAUGAGUCACUGCUGCUCAUAAGUGUCUGUGUGACCCUCAGGUGUGUCGUGGUGGGAGAACCGUUAAAAAUCAUCCCUGAAGUUUGUGUUUAAAUUCUAAUUCCUCGUGACAGAAAAGGAAACUAGCUUGUGGAUUUCUGACUGGGAAAAACAGUGGAGACAGCCUCUCCCAGAGACCCAGAAUUCUCUUUCAACCAGGUCCUCCAAGUUCACAAGCCCUUAGCAGACCAGGAAAGUCAAGGUGAGACUCGUGGCCCCUGUUUGUUGAGUGGUAUCGCGUGGUCCAAAGCUCUGGGGACCCGAGUGGAAUGGAUACACUGGCAGGAAUGACGACCCUCUGUGGGAGAUGCUUCAACCUGGCCGCUACGGAGGCCGAUGAGGGCACAAUCUCAUGGGAGAGAAGAGAAAAGCAGGCUUUUCCUGCUUCCCAGCCCGACUCCACCACAGCCAUAGAAACGUGGCUUUAUACGGAGGGCAAGCCAGCCUCGUGCAUAGCCUGAAGGAGAUCCUCAGAAGCCCUCAGCAGUCUCGCUGAGACAGAAAAGGAGACGCAGCCAAGACUCAGAAGAUCUGUAUCUCAACUGUCAAGUUCUAGUCAGUGUCCUAAGGGGAAAAGCUUGUCGUUCUCUCCAAAACGGGGAUGUAGCCUCAGCGGCUGCUUCUGCUUGUUCAUGUCGUCCCCUCCUUGCUAGGAGCUGGAGCCAGCCUGAGAGGCUUUGUGGACAAGCAGAGAGCCAUGAAUGCACCAAACGUGGCCCGCAAGCUUUGCCAAACCCCAUUACCUAACAGUUCUGAAGCUCUGAAAUCAUGGUGUGGGUCAGCCCUUAGACCUAGGGGUCCAGGUUCUGGAUUUCUAUUUUCAACGGGAUGACUUAGGUACGGCCAGUCCUGACAACGAGGGCUUCUUCAAGAGACAGUUGAGCCAAGUCAUGCAGAAGCUUGCAUUAUCCCCACUGCUCAAAGCACUUGUACUGAAGUGAGUGAUUACAGAAGAAGAAGAGGCAUGUCGCUCAGUGUUAAGAUGCUCAGAUGAAGUGGGAUCUGCAGCCAGGGCCUUGCCUAGAGCCCUGGGCGGCCUCUUUCUGGAGGAAGUGCCUGACCUAGAAGCAGGGUGGUGAACUCCUGCAGACAGGUUAUCUAGGACUGAGAGGAUACAGAUAGGAGAUACAUGUGAGUUCAUUUUGAAACCCACAGCUUUUAAAAACUACCACUUGCGGCUGGGCAUGGUAGUACACACCCUUCAUCCCAGCACUCAGGGGACAGAGGCAGGUGGAUCGCUGUGAGUUGAAGGCCGGUUUGUUCUAAAUAGUAAGCUACACAAGUGAGACUUGGUCUCAAAAACAACAAUGAAAACUACUCAGCCACAUUCCCAAGACGGAUCAGUAAGAGGGCCCAUUAUUUGAUCUAAUCAAAAAGAAAAAAAAAGCACAAAGCUCCUAGGCUCAAGGACUGUGUCUGUAGCAGCCAGGCCUGGGGUUUUCCAUUGAGAAGAUUAAAGCAUAUUAAAUACGAGGUCUCUCGCUCACUCUCCCGGUGAGUCACCAUCUACCCCUGUGACUGUGAACUGCUGCACCUCACAAGCUGUUUUGAACAGAGAUAAUCUCUGGGCUUUGGGAAUUGAACAGCACUUUCCUGCCACUCCCCAGCCGUGGGUACUGGGAGUCCAUCUUGCUCCAUGGUCCUUCACAGAUCAAGAUGAUCCUUGCCACUUUGAAGCUACAGGGGAGUUGUUGUUCAUUUGUUUUGAGUUUCUUGCUCCUGCAGUUGAAUGGCAGAAGACCACAGGCCACAUCAGACUGGUUGGGUCCCAAGACUUUCCGAGCCAGCCCCACAGCUCAUCCACAGUAGAACCAGGCCUAUUUGAGACCACCUCCCUAUCCAGGACAGUGGUUUCCCGUGGCGGGGGCCUGAUGCAGAAGGCCCAAGGGACUCUCCCCCAGCAAAGAAUGGAGGUCCCAAUCCACAACAAUGCUGAGAAGCAGAAAGACACAGGACCGCCGGCCUCUUCCCCAUAAGCAUGCAGUGUUGUACCAAAGGGAGGGUCCAUGGCUCCCUAGACAGUUGUUACAGAAGCCCUCCCCGACCCCACUGUCCAUAGUCCCUCUUUGAAUGGCCUCCCUGGAGCCCCUGCAGUAUGUACAGAGGUACACUCUCAUCACCUAGCAAGACUCAUCCCUUUUCAAGCCUUUCUAUCACUGUGACUGUCUGAAAUUCUGCCAAGUGCAAAAAUUAAUGUCUGGCUCUGAUGAGGGUAUGAGAAAAUGUUUCUGUCUUUUCUGUCUUGGCUGCCAACAAUUAAGAUCAAUGCUUUUCCCAAACACCACCCAUCCUGGGCUCCAACCAGGGGAGGCUUGGGUUACACAUAUGCUCCUCUGAAGACCGCCUGCCCAAGCUUGGUUGUCCUCCAGCAGUUCUCCUCCUCAUAUUCAGAACUAAGUGAAGGGGCAUCCGACCACACAGCAGACUGCAGGGUCAGAGUUCCUGAGGGUGGCUUAGUUCUGCACAACCUCUCCAGGGCUGUUCCUUGGCCUCCUCACCUGAGGCCACCCUUCCCCCGAAGACCAUUUGGACAGUGGCCCUAUGGUAUCCCAGGGAUGGAGCGGUUUCCUCAUUCCCAGGUACUGACCCCGCUCAAGUGCUCUUCCUUUGAGGACAGCUGCAGCAGAAGCCAUGAAUACAUUGCCUCUUUCUACCCCCAGCCCAAGCAGUGGGCUGGCAGGGUAGACACUUGCCUUUCUGGCCAUAGUGCUCCCUUCGGGAGGUCACCUGGACCUUGUUUAAGUGGCCAAGUCUUGGAGUUCCCCCCAUUUCUAUCACCAAAACAGAAAGCACAGAAUUCAACUGCCUGGAAAGAGGGCGCUUGACAGGGAAGUGAAUACCAAGGCUGCCCCAUGCCUUAGCCCAAAGCACAACACUUACUGCAUGCAUCACAGUUCCCAGCAAUGUGGAAAGCACUCAGGCUACGAGAAAGGCUCCACAGAAACUGUCUAGUAGGGGCCAUCCAGCCAUGACUACCCAAGAGCCAAAAGGAAGCAACCUUGAGGCACAAAACUUGAACUGGCAACAGGCUCUGGUAUUGGUAGUCCACGUCUCCUUCUAACCAGCAGAAUAAAGACAGAUGCAGUCAUGUACUGCAUCUGUGCAUAGGGAGAACAUGAGUGUAUAGGGUUAUUCAUGGCCCAGGGAAUGGAGAAGAAGGUCGGUUCUCAUCUGGACCAAUGCUUAAGAAGCCCGAUUCCGUUCUGAGGACUGUGUCAUUAGGGCAGUUUCUUAGUGCAAGCAUCAAAGAGUGCUCUUACACAAGCCAAGACAGCUACCACAUCACUAGGCAAUAUAACGUAUGGGACCACCAUUGUACAUGCCAUCUGUUGUUGGUUGAAAUGUCACUGUGGCACAUGACCAUUCUGUACUCGGCACUGAAAGGCCAAACAACCUCGAUGCCAGAAUUGCAGAACACCCUAGCAGCACCUGUAACCAUGCCCCCCUUAACCUGCCAUUUCCAGUGGAGUCAAACCACCACCUUCUCCUGGCCACUUGGGUUUAAUUUGCUCACUGUAUCUCCCUUGGUCCUGGCUACAGCCCAGACAAUGGAGAUCCUAAGUGGGCAUGAUCAGUGCAUGGCCUGUUCCCACAGCUCAGCCCUGGAAUAUGGUGGAGCCGAGCAUUCCUCCUGGUGUUGCUUGCUUUUUGCCACUAUUUUUGGCAACCUUGAAAGGAAAACGAUAGGUUACAGAAUUCCCACUAGCCCAACACUAAAGAAAAGCUGUUCCCCUUUGGUCUGCAUGCCCCAAUAGCCCAGAGUGUGGAGAAGAGGGUCAGGUCUUAACCUAGACCAAUGAUUAAGAAGCCUAAUUCCAGUCCUCUCCAUAUCUAUAAUCAGCAAAGGCCUUCAAAUUUAGCCUUCAACCCUUGAGGGAUAUCGUGGUCUGUUUCCAGCCAAACAGGCUGGGAGGGAGGCUCGGAGAGCCCUUAAGUAACUGAGGAUCCAAGGCCCUCUGGUUCCUCGUGUGCUUUUCUGCUGAAGGUACCUUGACAGUAACCAGAAGGGACCAACCCCAAGCCCUGUCUUCCUGUCUACAGCUGCAUGCUCCUUGCUGCGACUCAGCCUUCACAGUUCUCCAGGCAGGAGCUCCCACAGGCUGGGCACUGCAGAAACCAUAAUAAAGAGAUUGUGAUGAUG